AUGGCAGGAUCACGGCUGCACGUGGAGGCUGACAGAUGUUGGCGACCUGCACGUGCUGGAGGUCAGCAACAACUUCUCCGCCAGCAUGGGUACCAUCAUCUACGCAGGCACGGCGCAGUGGUGGCGCCCGGAGGUGAAGCAGCUUCUGCGCGGCGCUUUGCCGAUGGACCUGAGCUCUUGGAUCGAGCAGGAGAGCACAACGGCGGUCUUCUGCGCCUGGUGCACCAGGGCGCCUGCCUGAAGGUGAUCAUCCCUGGCAAGGAGCAUGUGGGCUCUCAGGAGAUCCAGGAGCUCGCUGCUUCCAUCACGGGGCGGUGCGUGAUCCUUGGGGCCUCUGCUGGCGGUUUGCUUGCGCUGCAAUUGCUGCAGCACUGCGAGCUGGCAGUAAGUUGUGUCGCGGUGAGCCCGGGGCCUCUUGCUCAUCAGGACUGGACGGACAUGGGCGCCAUCUGCGACAAGAUGAGGAGGAGUUUGCAGGGCACGCGGAAGCGCGCAGCAAUCUACUGGGCCAAGUGCGACAAAGCAGAGCAGCAAGUCACCCAGACCCUCGCCGGCCAAAGCGUGGAGUUCUUGCGGAUGGAGAAAGGGCACGUCGGCAUGUGGAGCAAGGAGCUCUUUGCGCAGGUGUGUGAGCACCUGGAGGCGCUCUCUGAGCAUCAGGAAGAAGAGUGCCGGCGCUCUGGGCGCGUGGUCCGGCACUGGGAGGACAACGUGUCCGGCCAGAUCAUGGACGGCAAGAUGCGGCUCUAUCACUUCUGCUGCUUUGGCCGGAGCAAGAUGCCGGACGUGGGCUCGGAGGUGUGCUUCACCGCGCUGGGCUCCAAGGCCUUCGAGGUGGAGCCGGAGGACGCGCCGCAGCAGCGGACGUUCUGCCCGGACCUGGUGUGGGCGCGGAACUUGUUCCGCCGCCACGCAUGCCGCUCGCGAGAGGCCUUCCACAAGGACGCGGAGUCCGGCGGCGCCAAGCUGUACCUUUGCGAGCACCCCAGCCCGGUCUACGCCUUCUGCGAGGACCUGGACGUGAUCGCCCCUUUGGAAAAGGGGUUACCAUCCUUGAUGCGGACCCGUGCCGGCGGACACGACUGGGAGCUGCUGAAGUGGAGGGCCACCGCUCUGCACCGCAUCUUCCCGCACUUGCCGGAGGAGAUGCGGUGUGUGGUGUUCUCGGCCUCCGGGUUCUACCGCGGCUGCGAACAGUUCAAGGAGUCCUACCACCUGGUGUGGCCGAAGCUCUUGGUCACAAAGGAGACGGCCAAGCAGAUCCGCGAACACACCCUGGACACCUUUGAGGAGCUCACGGCCAUCCACAACCACCCGGUGGCGCAACUGCUACAGACUGCGCAGCAGUACGACGAGUCCAACAGCUGGCCCAGGAUCUUCGAUGCCACGACAACCCGGCCAAGCAUAGGCCUGCGAAUGGCCUACUCGGACAAGCGGUCCGUUGAGCCGGGCACGAAGGCCGAAACAGCUCACAAGGUGUUCUUCGACGAGAACCGCCCGGUGCUCCCAGUGGCCGAGCUGGAGUUCGAGUUCUCGAGCGGAGAGUGCAGCAGAGCAGUGGUCGUUGCGACCAACGAGGAAAAGCAGCCCUGGGAGUGGGCCCUCCGGGGCAUGGUCCGGCGGGAGGAGGGCCAGCCCGUGAGCGCUCGCCCCGCUAAGCGCCCACGGCGGCAGCCUACGCCGCCACGGAAGCCCUGGCGCGGACCCGGCAGCCACCACCAGCCUCCGGGCGGCGGCGGCGGAUGGGGCGGUGGCGGCGGCGGAUGGGGCGGCGGCUGGGGCGGCGGACGUCAGUCUGGCUGGGGUAAAGGCCACAAAGGCGGCAAAGGCCCAAAAGGCGGCAAGGGCAAGGGUGGACCUCAGCCGCAAGGUGGCUGGGACGACUGGCGCGACUGGCGCGACUGGGGCGACUGGGGUGACUGGGGUGACAGGUGGGACCUUGGCCCUGAGGACUGCUAUGCGAAGCAGGCUGCGGAGACCUUCUUGAAGCAGACCUUCCCGGAGCCGGAGCCGGCCGCCCAGCCGGCGGCGGCCGAGCCCAAGGUUCAGGAGAGAAGGAGCUGGACACGUCUCAGAGGCUCAAGUUCGGAGGCAGCUGCGCGGAGUUUGUGA